UGCCUUCCCUCUUUUCCCUCUCUCAUACACACAUACACACUCAGGUCUCAGUGUGGUUCUGAUACCUGCAAAAGACACACUCUCUCACACACUCCUUAAAGAUGGCCUGGACUCAAACAGCUCUGCUGACACUGCUGCCCUUCUUUUUCAUUCUGAUUGUGCUGGCAGGAGUUGAAAGUGCAGCGGUGAGUGAUGGAAAAGACAGUGAAACUAAGGUAUCAUCUAAACAAAUUUUCAUGCCAGCAUCAGAUGCCUCAAACUUCUUCAAACGUCGCAGUCGCAGAUCCCCGAAAACGUAUGCAGAGUACUAUGCGGAGCAGAGAGUGAAGAUGGGUGCAAAUGAGCGAAGGAGGGAGCACUUAGAGGAACAAAGCAAUGAGCAUGAGAACUAUUUAGAGGAGGAGCGUGACGAACAGUAUGAGAGGACCAGAGAGAGGAAUGAACAGUGGAGAGAAUUUCACUAUGAUGGGCUUUACCCACGAUACCCUCACCACCGCCCUUAUGUCUGAACACACCUUGGGCUUCUAUCAGAAAAGUCACCUUUGUUAGAGAAAAACAUUUAAGAUCACAUUAAUAUGACCAUGUUAUAAUGUUAGGCUAUUAUUAUUUAUAACACUGUCUAAGCACUUAUACAUGGAAAUUCCUUAAUACAUAUCAUAGAGAUUGGAACAUACAGUAAGCAUUUUCUGUUCUUAUCCUGUUUAGUCAUUUAUCUUAAAUGUAACAAUUACUUUAUUGGACGUUAUUUUGUCCAGUCAAAACAUUCAUGAUUAGCGAAUCAUUUUAAGCUUUUUCCCCAAAAGCAACUGCUUACAAUUUCUUUGCAAGUAAUAACAUUUAGCUCUCAUCUGACUUUUCUUUUUAAAUAACUUUGUUUAAACUGUCUGUAUUGAUGUGAAUAAAGAUAGUUCA